AUGACCCUCUGGGUGGACAAGUACAGGCCGUGCUCGCUGUCGCGCCUGGACUUCCACCGCGAGCAGGCGGCGCAGCUGCGGAACCUGGUGCAAUGUGGCGACUUCCCUCACCUCUUAGUUUAUGGACCGUCAGGUGCUGGGAAAAAGACCAGGAUCAUGUGUAUUCUGCGUGAGCUCUAUGGUGCUGGCGUGGAGAAGUUGAGAAUUGAGCAUCAGACCAUCACGACACCCUCGAAAAAGAAAAUCGAAAUCAGCACCAUUGCAAGUAAUUACCACCUCGAAGUUAAUCCCAGCGAUGCUGGGAACAGCGACCGGGUGGUGAUCCAGGAGAUGCUCAAGACCGUGGCGCAGUCCCAGCAGCUGGAGACCGGCUCGCAGCGGGAUUUCAAAGUGGUGCUGCUGACCGAGGUGGACAAGCUCACCAAGGACGCGCAGCACGCCCUGCGCCGGACCAUGGAGAAGUACAUGUCCACCUGCCGGCUCAUCCUUUGCUGUAACUCCACCUCCAAGGUCAUCGCGCCCAUCCGCAGUCGCUGCCUGGCUGUCCGCGUGCCUGCACCGAGCACUGAGGACAUUUGCCAGGUGUUGUCGACCGUGUGCAAGAAGGAGGGCCUGACGCUGCCCGCCCCGCUGGCCCAGCGGCUGGCCGAGAAGUCCGGCCGGAACCUGCGGAGGGCCCUCCUCAUGUGUGAGGCCUGCCGCGUGCAGCAGUACCCGUUCACCGCAGACCAGGAGAUCCCCGAGGCGGACUGGGAGGUGUACCUGAGGGAGACUGCCCACGCCAUCGUCAGCCAGCAGAGUCCUCCGAGGCUGCUGGAGGUCCGAGGACGGCUCUAUGAACUGCUAACUCACUGUAUCCCUCCCGAGAUAAUAAUGAAGGGCCUGCUCUCGGAGCUGCUGCACAACUGUGACGGACAGCUCAAGGCCGAGGUGGCCCAGGCAGCGGCCUCCUACGAGCACCGGCUGCAGCUGGGCAGCAAGGCUGUCUACCACCUGGAGGCCUUCGUGGCCAAGUUCAUGGCGCUUUACAAGAAGUUCAUGGAGGACGGGCUGGAAGGCAUGAUGUUCUGA